CUCAAUAAUUUACAUUCUAUGAGGUUGCGGAUCCACUAUUGGAAACCCCGCUAAACCUACGGCUCGGCCUAGACACUUCGGUGUCUCCUUCCCCGCAUUUACAUCCCCGCAUUUCCUUCCCCGCAUGCUAGAGCUCCAAUAUUGAAAUGAAAGGUUGAAUGAGCUACGUGCUAUUUUCAUGCGAGUUAAGUGGCAUGUCCAAGAAGUAUAAGGAGCUUAACAUCCCCGCAAUGUCAGAAAGAUAUCGGUGCAUUAGAUAGAGCAACUUCUCUACAUCUCUUCCUUGUACCAUCCCUCUUGUUUCAACGACACCUUUCAACGACACCUUUCAACUUCCGGCGGCCAUUGACUGAAUUUACUAUUCUUUGCCAUGGCUUCUCAGCCCAUCAGCGAUAAGCCGACUAAUACCGCAGAGCACAACGAAUUUGGGGAGGAUGGCGAUAUCAAAGGCUCAGAUGUCGUUGCCGAUGCUGCUACUAAGGGUCAGGCCAUCACCGGCUAUGAAAAUUUGACUCCAUGGCAAACUGUAAAGCACUUUAAAAUGGCCACUGCUCUUUGCUUUGCUGCUGCCUUUAGUGCUGCAACAGACGGUUAUCAGAUCGGCAUCAACGCCAGUAUCAUCGCGAACGCGGGCUUUGUUAAGCAGUUCGCAACUGAGAAAAACGCUAAUGGUAGCCCCGCCCUCGCCUCGCCCAUUCUCAGCGGCUGGUCCUCUGUCGUAUCUGUUGGUCAGAUUAUCGGCAUGGUUGGGCUGUCCUUCUACACUGUCAAAUUCGGCAGGAAGGUCGCCAUGUAUACUUACUGGCUCAUUCUUGUGGGCUCUAUCCUUGCCGAGACACUUACCCGCAGCUGGGAGGGCUGGUUGGUCGGCAAACUUCUAGCUGGUAUUGGUGUCGGCUGUCUUCAAUCUACUAUCCCAGCAUAUAUUUCCGAGUGUGCUCCUCCUCGUAUCCGGGGUGGCUUGUUGAUGCUCUACAGCUUUUGGUGGACCCUUGGCUCUUUCUUCGCUCAGGUGGCACUAAACAGUCUUAAUGCUAGCAACCCGCACAACUACCUCAACGCCCUAUAUUCGCAAUGGGCACAGAUCGGCUUGAUGCUCACCAUUUAUCUAUUCCUCCCUGAGUCUCCCGCGUGGUGCGUCACAGCUGGGAAGAUGGAGCUCGCCAAGAAAUCCCUGUCGUACCUCAACCGGGGCGUCGAGAAUUAUAAUGUCGAUGCACAACUCGAGAUCAUUCUAUUGAACGUCGAACACGAGCGCGCUCUUGCCGUCGAGCAGCGAAGAGAAAAGUGGUACGCCAUCUUCCAAGGCGUGAACGGCAUUCGGACUGUGAUCACACUGUGGACCAACCUCACUCAGCAGUUCAUCGGCCUCUCCCUCUUCGGCACAUUUGGAACAUACUUCUUCCAACAGGCGGGUCUCAAAAAUCCUUUCAGAAUCAAGGUUAUCACGUCAUCUAUCCAGAUUGCGACCGUUAUCGUCGUAGUUCUUUGUGCUGAUAGAGUCGGCCGUCGAUAUAUCGCUUGCUGUGGUACAACACUUUCUUGGCUUGCUUGCAUCGCCGUUGGUAUUCUAGGAGUCGUACCGUCUACUAAUGCGUCAUCCUACGUUUUUAUCCUCUUCGCCUGUCUCUGGAAUGUCGGACUGGCCGCCAACGGUGCCACUGGUUGGGGCUUCAUUGGCGAAAUUUCUUCCCAGCGCCUCCGUCCUUAUACUGCAGGGUUUGGUGGCGCAGCGACCUGCGUCAUUGGCGUUGUCAUGAGCGUCCUAGUUCCGUAUAUGACUAAUAUUAACAAGUGGAAUUGGGGACUUAAGACCGCCUGGUUCUACGUUGGUGUCGGCGCGCCAUUUAUGGUCGGGAUGUGGUUCUUAAUCCCUGAGACAACAGGCCGCUCUGCUGCUGAACUAGACGAACUUUUCGAGCGAGGUAUCAAGCCAUGGCGAUUCCACAAGACGGAGACCGCAACCCAACGUGUCCUUAAAGAGCACGAGGCUGAGUAAGCAAUCGAAGAAUAGCAUACGCAUGAUCGCCUAAUGCUGCGAUAUUCAGUUUGCGGGCUGAUGUAGCUGAUUUACUCAUUAAGUAGAAUUGUGAAUACAAUGUAUUGAUUGCAC